UCAACAUGGACUUGACUUCCAAGAUUGUUUGCAGCAAGGCCCUCCACCCAGGCUGGCUCAGAAGCUUGUUCUGUGACACUAAGCUGCAUAAAAGAAAAUGAAAAUUUAAGGAUGCAGAAGCUCAGAAGAGAGGUCAUCUAGCUCUUUUAGUCCUCUUGACUUGUCUAGAAGCUUUAGCAGCAUCAGUACCUUGAUCCUGUGUGAUACUUGCCUGCAUUCAAGAAUAAGAAUAUCAAAGCUCCAUAACAACAGCUCAAAGGUUACUUACAUUGGAAUUUAUCUGAGUAGGAUCAAGCACUUGACUACCACUUGCAUCUCCCUCAACAACAGUAUUUUCACUGUUAGCAUUGACCUGUAUGCAGGUUCUUUUGAGGAGAUUCCUGGAGAACAAGGAGAAGAGCGUGAAGGACACUUGGAGGAGGAAGCUGGAAGACCCACCGAUGAGUAUGGCGGAUUGGUUUACGAUGGUCAGCCCCUCGGGGGGGACCAGGUACGAGAUGCUUGAUCAGGACGACCCAGGUGCAUGGGUGGUCGACCCCAUAGGCCACCGUGCGACCUACACCGGUCGGAUCAUGGAGGACCGUGUUGACCGAUUCGGACGCUUGACGGAGGGGGUGAUGAGGAGACACAUAGUGAGCUUCAACCUGCCGCCUGGUGUGCAUUGUGGACCCGGCCUGGGAGGACCACCACCACCAUCAUCUUCGGAUGAUGAGGACCCCUCUGAGGAGGUGCCAGUGGGUGGGUUCUCGACGGAGUCUAGUCCGUCUGUAGCUGCUGUCAUCGAGGAUCUUGUUCCGGGCCCCGAGCCCAAUAGGCCAGUGCAGGAGCGCAUCAGGGUGGAUAGAGAGGGUAGUGUUGUGUAUGUCGACCUAGUCGUCCUGGAUGCAGAUUCGGACGACGACCGCGCUAGCAUGUAGGAUCGAGUGUUAGUGUGGGCUCCUCGAGUGGGGAUUAGUGUAGGAGUAGUGUCGAUGCUCUGACCGUCAUGCUUUCAGUUUUGGGACAGGGUAGUUUUCCUGCCGGUAGCUUUUUGUGUGGUUUUCUUAUGAAGAUCACAGAGAGCUGGUUGGACUUAGGGGUCUUUUCUCAGGCCACUGGGCCAAUUCCUUCUCAGUUUUGAGGUUUAGUGUUGCGGACACAGGUUACCUUGGUUUGUACAUAUUGCCUUCGGGCGUUACUUUCUUCCGUCACCCGUCGCUUGAGGUUACUCGCGAUGUGGCUGGUACUAGUGUGGACAUGUAUAUAUUUAUGUAGAUGUAUAUUAGUUUUCUUUUA